AUGUGUGACCAGCAGCCGAUUCAGUGUUGCCUGCCAAUCCCGCAGUGCUGCGUCAAGAGUUCCUCCUUCUGCCCCUCUCAAUCCUCCUUUGCCAAUAAUCAGGUGCUGGUUCAAGCCCCUUAUGAGAUGCAAAUUGUGGAGUGCCCUGCACCGUGCCCAGCUCAAGUUUCGCAGGUGACAUGUCAGGCUCCAUGCCAAGAGGUGAAGUGCCAGUCUAAGACCAAGCAGGCAAAGGGUCUAUUUCAGUCUAAGACCACCCAGUCAAAGAGCCAGGUUUCAUGCCAGUCUCAAGCUUCCUCUGGUCAAUGCCAGGCUCCAUGCCAAUCUGGGGUUUCCUACGUGUCAUGUGACGCCUCACCCCCCGUCCAGACUUACUAUGUCGGAUGUGCUCCUGUUUGUUAUACAGAAACAUGUUUUGUGGAAUGCCCAGUCCAGACUUGUGUACCCUGUCCAGCUCCUCAGCCGGUCCACACAUACGUAGAACGCCCCCCAGUGUGCCAGACUCAGGGAAGAUUCUCCACCCAGGGCCAGUAUCGUGGCUCCUACAGCAGUUGUGUCCCACAGUUCCAGCCUCGGGGUUCCUAUAAUAAUUGCACCUCCCAGUACCUGUCGCGGCCUUUCUACAACAGCUGUGCCCCUCAGCUGCAGUCCCGAGCUUCAUUUAGUCCUUGUGUGCCCCAAUGCCAGACCCAGGGCUCCUACGGGGACUACUCUGCCCAGCACCGGUCUCUGAGCGCCAGCAGAUGCCUCCCUCCUAGGCGGCUGCAGCCUUUUCCCCGCAGCUGUUCCCCACCACGACGAUAUGAGCCCUGCUACAGCAGCUGCCUGCCAUCAAGAUCUACUGGUUCCCCUAACUACUGCACCCCACCCCGACGCUCGGAACCCAUCUAUGGCAGUCACUGUCCUCGGGGCCCCACUUCAGGCUGUUCUCAGAGACGUGGACCCAAGUGCAGAAUAGAGAUUUCUUCCCCCUGCUGCCCCAAGCAGGUUCCCCCACAGAGGAGUCCUGUUCAGAUUCCUCCCAUCAGACGCCGCUCCCAGAGCUGUGCCCCUCGGCUCUCCUGGGGUGCCUCCUGCCCAGAACUGAGGCCUUACGUGGAGCCACGUCCACUUCCAAGCUUCUGUCCACCACGGCGUCUUGAUCAGUGUCCAGAGCCGCCACUGCAGAGGUAUCCACUUCCUGUUCCACUUCCACGUUCACGCCCGUGCAUGAGUCCAGAACCCCGUCCUUGUCCUCUACCACGGCAAUUUUCAGAGCCUUGUCUGUAUCCGGAACCACGUCCAGCACCAUGUCCAGCACCACGUCCAAUGCCACGUCCAGCUCCACGUUCUCGCCCAGCGCAGUGUGAGAUUCCAGAGCCACGUCCAUUCCUGCAGCCCUGUCAGCACCCAGAGCCUCUUCCACUGCCAGAACCAAUUCCCCUGCCUGCGCCCUGCCCAAGCCCAGAGCCAUGUGGGGAGCCUUGGCGCUGCCCCAGCCCUUGCUCGGGCCCAAAUCCGUUUCCAUGCCGAGGAGACCUAGGCUGCCGUGAGUCCAAUCCACACCACCUAGACACCGAGGCUCCCAGCUGUGGCCCAUCCGGUUUUAGUCAGGGGCAAGAGAUGCACGGCUGUGAACCUGGUGAUGUGUUUCCAGAGCGGUGGGGUCAGGGUAGAUGUGGAGACCAAGGCAACACCUGUGCUGGAGUGAAAGGUGGGGCUGAUGAUGGAGCAAAGAGUGCCUAUUUUUAA